AUAGUGAAAUCUCUUGAAAUGCUCUAUGCAGUUUCGCACAUGCAACUGUAUAUAUGUAUUAAUAAAUAUCCGAAACGAAAGCAAUUAUAACUUAAUUUAAUUUUCUUAACGAAUCCCGUGUUUCAAGUUAAUCAGUAACAGUUUCUCAUGUUUCCUCAAUAAAUUCGAUUACCUGUGACUUACGCUACGUACUGAAAAAUAUUUGAUUCAAAUCCUUUUUACGACUGUUUUUACGAAAUCAUAAUGACGUGUUUUCCUGAAUUUGUGGUGAUGUGUCUGAUAUAACAAGUUAUCUUCUACAAAUGAACGGUUGAUAUUAAACAAAAAAAUAAUAUCUUUUCGACAAGCCCAUAUAUAUUUGCUUUACGACGCGAAUGUCGGCUAAAAAUGGCGCGAUUAUUAGUUGCACUAGUUGUAAUAUUAGUUGCAGUAACGGCUCUGUCCAAAGAGAUUCCGGACCCUAGUGAUCUUGCAUUCGUCCUGAGUGAAAAUGACUUCGAAGAUUACCUGGAUUCCUGGCUCGAACUCAAGACAGAAGCUAAUCGACUCUCAACUAUUUUUUUAAGGUCUCAAAGCGGUUGCACGUUGGAUGUGAAUAAAGACCUCGGACAUCCGCAACCUGUAUAUCUAAACAACAACACUUAUCUGACUCCUACUGGAGCUACCGGGAAGAUAAACCUUUAUUCUGGAGAACAGGUUACCAUUGCAUGUCCAGGAUCUAAACGCUCUAUCGUACAUCCAAAUAUAGCUGCAUCAGUAGCCACAGCCACAGCUGUGUGUGUAAACAAUGAUCUAGUGGCUGGAGCCGGUUGGCUGAAUGGUAUCGGAGCAUUUAGUGGACUAACUUGCUCAUCAAAUCCAACUCACGAGGCUUUAGCCACUAAUGAGACUUGUUAUAACAACAAUCUUGUUAUUAGGGUUGGUUUCACAGUAGAAGGAAUAUUCUAUCCCCUAUACUGGUCUUGCUUCGAUGAACGUCGCCUCGAAGUUCUCUACGUCUGGUACGAACAAAACCCUCCUAAUGCGGUAUACCAAACUGGUGUCAACCGACCGAAUUUUGCAGCUGGGACCUUCUACCCUGGAGUACCUGUAAAUGACUUGUAUAAACAAGAGCAACAAAAACGUACGAUUGCCGACGUCGUUGGAAACGAACUGGCUAACAAAUACUUGACAACCCGACAAUACUUAUCUCGUGGUCAUCUUGCUGCUAAAACUGAUUUUAUUUACGCCAGCGGUCAAAGAGCCAGCUUCUACUUCAUUAACGCUGCUCCACAAUGGCAACCUUUUAAUGCUGGUAACUGGAACUCAUUGGAACAAAAAUUGCGUGAACGCAUCGGUAAAGCUGGUUAUAACACGGUGGUUUACACUGGAACAUUCGGCGUGACUCAACUCCGUGAUGAGUAUGACCGCCUCGUCGAUAUCUACCUGUAUACUGACGCCAAUAACAACCCUCAGAUUCCUGUGCCUCUCUACUAUUAUAAGGUUGUCUACGAUGCCUCUCGUGGUCUCGGCACAGCAUUCGUGAGCAUUAACAACCCUUACUACACGGAGUCCGAGGUCCGUGCUCUGACCUUCUGCACGGACCGCUGUCGCAACAACAGCGCGUUCAGCUGGCUCAACUGGAAGCCUGACAAUAUCGACAUCGGAUACAGCUUCUGUUGCACUGUUGAUGACUUUAGAAGGACUGUUCCGCACCUUCCCCCCUUUACUGUUAUUGACCUUCUUAGUUAAACAUACAUAUAUUAGCGAUAUUGUUAUUUAUCUUGUGUACUUAAAGUUUAGACCAAGAUAUCCUGUAUUGUUGUUCUUACUUGAAAAAAAAAUGCAUUUAGUAUAAUCAUGCAUUCAUUCUAAUUUAGGUACCUAAUAAAAUUUCGGAUCUC